AACGAAGGUUUUCCUUUUCUUUGUUUUGGUGAUGGAAGAAUCGCUUCGGAAACUGGCACUGUGGAAUUCAAGGACUUUCAGGGCCAUCAUGACUCAUGAUGAACUGGAAUCUAUAAUGGCCACUCUUGGUUUCGUCAGUCUCCCUGUUUCAUCCUCGCCUUCUCCGUCGAACGCGAGCGGUUGUGCCUGGAAGGAAUACGCGUACUGCGCCGCUGAAAGUUGUCGGAAUCGGUCUCCAACGGGGACGAUUCCGCGGCCGAGGCUUCCUUACCCAAGGAUCGACGGAUUACACACCUGCACGUAUCGAGCCUUCAUCGAUGCUGUCGCCUUUUUCCUCGGGAGAAGUGAUAUCUCCGAUCUUUUCCACGUUAGGGGUAUGCCUCUUCAUCGAGUUCACGACCGGCCUUUUGAUAAGAAGUUCCGUCGGUUGGAGGAAGAAGAUGGGAUUUAUGUUUACAGAGAAGGUACACUGGACCAGGCAACUUUUAUGCUCUACAAUAGCAAUAACAAUAACAACAACAACAACAAUAAUGGUAACAUUAUCAUCACUAGUAGGACCAGCAAUCCCACCAUAAGCAAUCUUGUACCAUUGAAAGAUAUUACAGUAUAAUCUUUUCCAAACAAU